AUGCAAAUUUAUUCACGUGACAAGGGAACCAAAAUGGCGAUCAACUUGACCAAGAAUCGCGAUUCUCUCUUGAACACAUGGAAAAACGUCUUUGAUGACACUCCAGACGUCAACUGGUGAGAUAUAUGGCUUAGUCAUACUUUUCUUUCUUUCACUUUAAGAUAAUAUUCCCUCCUUUAUUUUUAGGGCUGUAUUUGGUUACGAUGGGAAGACGAAUGAUCUCAAAGUUGUGGAGACUGGAGGUGAGGAAGUGACUGAUUUCACGGAAAUCUCUCCCUUCUUUUCCUUUUUGAGACAAUUUUUUCAUUUAGUUUCUUUAGAGGCAGGCUAACUUAUGGAGUUAGAGCGAGCGAUAUGAGUAAGAUUAAGUUUCCCUUUCGCAUACUUGCGAACGUAGCGCUAUUAAAAAAAAAAUGGGUGUAUUUUGACAGCGAAGUGCAUGAGUAACAGCUGGUGUACGCCUAAAUAGUAAACGUCGAUUUAUCCAACUCAGAUUCAACUAGUAGUGUAAUGAAUACUAUAGAUUUUUAAUGUUGCCAACACAGUAAUUAUUUUGGAGUGUUAUUGUUACAAAGUUAAAAUCGCUUGAUUUUACUUUCUGUAUAGUAAUAUUCAGCAAUCAGUCUGCUUCAGUUCUAGUUCGGAAGUGCGGAUGUAAUCUGUCAUAUGAAUCUUGCCCUGGUUUCUCUUAAAUGUUAUUGUAUGUGCCACAGUGCUACAUGUUAUGUAUAAAAGAUGUUUUUUUUACCAGGUCUUGUCAAGUGAGUAAAGGUGUUGCUGGAACUGGGUGGGAAAGAGGGGUUAAUUGGUGAGGGAGCACUAAUACGAUAACAACAACAACAACAACAACAAAAUAAGCUUUCUUUGCAUGACUAUGUUUGGUUACAGUAUUGGAAAAGCUUUAAGAUAGAGUUACAAUUUAUAAUAAUGCCAUUAGAUGAAUUAUUACAAUGGUCAAUCAAGUGUCAUGAGUUAUCAUCAUUGAUUUGAUAACCUCACUUUGCCUAUCUAGAACCCUGAGUCGGUUUGUUCUGUGUUUAUAACUGAAAAAGCUCAUUGACUCUCCAAAUUAAAAAAAAAGCAAAGUAGAUGUGCUUUUGUGACCCCCAUAAUAAUUAUUAUGGGGGCCACAAAGAAAGGUCUCUUCCUUCUGGCACGGUCAGAUACAUGUAAUGAACUGAUUUUGUCUUUUAAAAACAGGAUCUGGGUUUGUAGGCCUUGGCAUCUGACCACUCCACCCAAACUUUCUUUCAGUCCCCCCCCCCACCCUCCCUUGGGUGCUCCACCCCCUUAUAGUAUUCUCUACCCUACUUGUAGUAUUAGUAUAUAGAAAUAAGAUGUUUCCAGCAUGUGUAAUUCAGAGACAUUUUCUCAGUGCCUUGGUACCACUUCACCAUUCUGGGUUUUCACUUGACAUAAGCUAUAUAAUAAUGUAUACUUGUAUUUUAGAUGGUGACCUUGAUGAAUUAGUGGAUGAACUCAAUGAAGGAAAGAUGUUAUAUGCUGCUAUUAAAGUGAUGGAUCCAAACACAAACCUCCCUAAAAUUGUCUUCAUUAAUUGGGUAAGUUUGAUUUAUUUCUUCCCAGUCUAGUUGAUGUUAAAGAUCCUUGUUGAUUUAAUUCCUAAACUCAGUAGUUUCUCAGUGUUGCAGAUGGUUACAAUCACCAAAUGACGUAAUACAAAAGAUUGAAUAGACACUGAAAAAUACCCGCACCACAAAAUGAUAUACAGUAAAACCCUCCAUAUAAGAACCUGGAUUUUUUAUUUUAGCCUUAACAGGUUUUUAUAUAAAUGGUACUUAAAGCAAAUUUAGACUACCAAGGUUUUUAAAAUAGGUUCUUAUAUUUUCAUAUGAUUUCAUUUAAAUAUAAUUAUUAUAAAAAUCAUCUCAUAAUACAAUAUAAAUCAUUUAUAUGAUACAGUAAUACCUAAAGGCAGUACAGUGCAGGUAUGUCCUUAACAAAAUGUUAUGUCAAGUUACUUUUAAAUAUAAUCAGAUGAUAAUCUUAAUUCAGCAGUUUCUACUUAUACACUUUUACAGCAACUCCACUGAUAAGAACCUAACUUAAAAUUUUAGUCUUAAUAGGUUCUUAUGUGGAGGGGGCUUAAAAGGAAAAUUUUAGCCUAACAGAUUCUUAAAACUCAGGUUCUUAUACGCGGGGUUUUACUGUAUAGCUAACCAACAAUAGUUAAUUCCGCAACACUGCAAGAAACACUCCUAAGUUCUACAAUGGAGGACAAAAGAACUGGGGACUGUGUGAAAAAGCCCUUCCUAGUAAUUGUUACAUAAGACCUUGCUCCUAACAACAAUUUUUGGUUUGACUUUGGGUUCAUCCUGUCAUCCCCCCACUCCCCCAGCAAUGUUGUGGCCAAAAAAAGCACUCAUUUCCACCCAUUUUGAGCAAAAUUCAACUUUGAUUGGGGUGGGGAGGGGAGGAAUUGCUAGUUUUAGUAAUAUCACUGGAAAGGUCCCAACACUUUUGACCUCUAUUGUAGUUUAUAUAUAAACAUGAUUUCCUGACAGUUUCCUUUUAGCAGUGUUUUGUUUCUUGCAGCAAGGUGAGGGAGUACCCUCUUCAAGAAAAGGUGUAUGUGCAAGACAUGUGCGGGAUGUUGAAAAUUUCUUUAAGGUCAGUGGUUCUGCCCACUCCACUGUUAACCUCAUGGGGUUCUUAGAUUUGAUGACUUGCUCUUUUACACUAGUACCGGCCACCAGUCAACUCCAUCCGCUUUCCAGCCCUUAAUUUUAGAGCACCAACCACCUCUUUUGACAACUUUGUGUGAGUUUUUGGUUUAACUUGCAUACGUUCCUUAAUACAUAUGUAAGUGUGGGGUCAAGACGACUAGUUAAGUGUAAUGAAGAUCAGAGACAAAGUUGAGGCUGUUAAGAAUUGAAAAAGAAGGAGAAGAACAGAAUGCCAGUAUCCAGCCAUCUUGACUGAACACGCUUUGUUAUCAAAGGAUUUAAUUCACUUUUAGCCAAAAGAAUUUUUUUUACAGUAAGUUGCAAAGUGCUUAAUUUUGAACAAGCAAGAUACAUAACUUACAUGUGGGCCCAUUUCAUCUCCUUGGGUAGCCAAUCAGGGUAAGCUGCCAGCCAUAUAAUAAAAUGAAGAACAUUUUCAGAUCAGUGGUAAACAAAGCUGAAAAAAUGGUUAUGCUACAAGAAUACAUUGAAAAAAGUUGAAGUCUGUUAAAGUCAGUUUGUCUUAAAAAUCUAAAGAUGCCCUUUUUGUAAACUUAAUCCUGGGAUACACUCAUUCAACUGGACUCACUCAAAUAUAGACUCAAGUGAGUUUUAAAUUGGCUCCUCAUGUUCACUAUUACAUCGGGUGAUUAAGAGCUACUGUGGUCUCUUAUAAAAGUGCAAGUCAUGUAUGCUUCUAACUUAUCCUACUACCAAUAUUGUAGAAUUUGAUUGAUCAUUGCUAGGUGCCAAUCAAAUAUCAAUCACUGUCACAUGGUCUCUGACACCCUACAAAACAUGGGUUGCCUAUGUUUAUGAUUAAUGAUGUUCUUUUUGAGAGCUAGAUAUUUUGAUCUGCUUUUAGGGAGCCCACGUUACCAUAAAUGCAAGGUCAAGUGAUGAUGUUGAGGAAAGCGUUGUCCUUGAAAAAGUAAAAAGUGCCUCAGGUAUAAUUAUGUGAAUAUAAGCAGGACUGAAAUAUCUGACUUUAAGGUGCUUUUAAGUGUAACUUGAUGACACAGUGUGGUUUUCUGUUUAGGUGCAAACUACAGUUUUCAUAAAGAGAAAGCAAAACCAGCAGAACCCAUUACUCCUGUAGUAAGUAAAGUAUAAAACCGUGAAAGUUGAUUAUAUAGACUGGGUAAUGUGAGUCAGCUUCUGAUUAUUUUCUAAUUGGGAAUGUUACACAACUGACCACAAAGCCACAAGAAUUCCUACAAUAAAAUCACAUAAUUUGGACAAAAUAACAAUAAAAAUGAAUUGCUAAAUAAAUUCAUUAAUAAAACUGUAAGGCAGUUUUGCUUUAGAAAUGUAAUACAAAUCUUUUGACAUUAGUAAGGGUGGAGGAAAGAUUGUCUGACAGGUUCUUUUCUUGGGGAGGUCGAAGCCAACAAUAGUGGGACUGGACAAAACAAAGUGUGGCAUGAAUUUAAUAAUGUAUAAAUAAUAAAUCACAUAUUAAAUGUUAAUGUCCUUUUCAGCUAGUUUCAACUUGCUUAGCCUGCGAAUACAGUCUUCUCUCCUCACUUGUCUCUGUAUGACAUGUUUCGCGGCAGAGAUUUGUCAAUUCAACCCAAAAGUUUGACACUGUUGAUGUUGACUUGUCCGAAAUGCAGGGGCCAAAUCGCAGAUCCCUCUCUUGCGAAAAGACUCACAGAGCAAGGAGAGGCAGCUGUAUUCACAGGCUACAUUCUACUGUAUUAUUGUGUCGAAAAUAUUUACAUUGUAGUAUAAAUUUUUGAAAAGAGAAUAUUUUUAUUGACAGGGUUCUGUGUACCAGAAAGUUAAAGUACAGCAAGAAAUUAAUGUUCAAAAAAGGGAUGCAUUUUGGUCUAAAUCUGAGGUCAGUAUGAAAAUUACCACAUCAGACGUACACAUAAUUCUUCUGCAAUAUCAUUCCUGGAAGAGUAGUAAUUUAUAGUUUUUUUAUCAUAAGCUUUUUAUUGUGCACAAUGAUACUAAUGACUAGUUAGAAUAAUCCUUUAAACAUGAGACAUCAUAUUGUUGUCACAGAGAUGCAGGCUAAUGAUUUAAUAUGGUUUGUUCAUUGAUAUUUGAAAAGUCAUGGAGUGGGGUGAUGUAAAAGAAGGUCUCAGACUGGGUUGGCUUCUCUAUAUACUGUUUCAUAUGCUUAUACAGCUAUUUGGAGACAGAUUGUCGGAAUAAGUGCCCGCAACAAUCCUGAAAGGCAUUGUGGGUGGUUUUGAGUUCACUGUUCUUCAAAGAAAUUUAAAAGAAUUGGCAUGAAAGACCAUGAAAAUGUGUUUGCGAGUGCUAAAGGAAAGCAACAAGAGUAGGUUCGACAGCUACAGUCAUCAGGAAUAUUGUAUCGAUCAUAUCCCUUAUUACCUUUCGGGAUUGUUGCGUGCACAUUUUUUUCGACAACCUUUCUCGAAAUAGCUGUAUACAAAUUGGUUUGUAAGCAUCAGGGCCAAUUAUUUCCUGCGCGAAGAACUGAACGCUCAAAAUAGCACUAAAAAAUUUAAUAAUGUGAUAACAUAUCAACAACAACAACAACAACAACAGUUUAUUCAAUUUUUAAAUAAUUUACCACAAUUAGCAGAGCUAUUCUAUAAAGUCAGUAAAAAAAUGUAAGUAAAGAGAAAGCAAAAAUGAAAUGAAAUGAAAUAAAUAAAUAAUAGAUCUAUUUUUUUUUUCUUUUCAAACAGCAAGAUGAAAAGAAAAGGAAGGAAGAAGAACGUAAACAGGCCAUUGCUACUAAGAAUGAAGCUGAAAGAAAAAGAAAAGAUAGAGAGGUUGGUUUUGUCCUUGUUUGAACAUUUGUUGUGUCUUAACUAAGUAGAGCCAUGAUAUCGUUAGGACAUGUAAUCUGAGUUAAUUAUAUUUAAAAAAAACAAAAUUUUGUUUUGUUUAAUUUGCUUUGUUUCUCGGAGGAAGGGAAAACAGCAGUUUACUGUACAAUUUAAAUUGAGUUAUACCGGUUGCACAUAGAGCAGCCAGAACUCAAUUUAUAAACUAACAUAUUAUUAUGAGGGCUGAGUGCUCAAUACUUGACAGGGAACUCUCUGACUUUCAAUGGCUUUAUAGGCUAAGGAGGCUGAGCACAGAGAAAAACAAUUUAGAGAAAGGUCAAGGAGUAUUGAAGAACAAAAGUAAGAAUCUUUAUGUUGAUUUGUAUAUGCUAUUAUUAUUAAUUUUUAGAAAUAAUUGUAGUCACAAACAAUUGUCCUUCUUAUUGACUUUUCAAUCUAAGAAGCUGUCUUCUCCUUAUGGUCAAAUAAAAACUUAAUUAAUACAUUGGAGUCAAACAAUAGUGCAAAAUUAUUUAGGCAGAAGAUCAGAAUCCUGAAAAGUCUAUUUUGCCAAAAUAUUCCUGAUAUUAUUGAUGUACAUGUAAUACAAUAUACAGUGUUCUCCUUCUGGUAACCAGUAAAAUUUCCCGCCUGAAGCAACGCUUCUUAGCACCUGCAACAGCCUGAAGGUUUACUAAAAAUAAAGAGGUACUUUUAAAAAAUGCACAAGUUGUGAUCUGAUCCGAUUCUCACAUGCCACAAGGAAAUGGAUGGAUGAAUGGAUGGCCGAUUUGUGUAAAAUAGGUCUUUAAAGGAGGGAAUUAUGUUUCAGAAAUUUUUUUAGCAAGGCUGGCGCCAUGUCCUGCACUCUACUACCCCCAUGCCCCUAGGCCAUUCAUAGCCUUACUGGCUAUGAAUGGUCCCUUACCAGCUGAGCUAAAAUUAAGGGAGAACACUGAAUAUACAACAAAUCGUUUCUUUUUUAUAGGAGAAAGGAAAGGGAGGCAGAUGAGAAGAAAAAGGAACAAGAACAAGCAAGAUGGGUGAGGCACAAACCGUUUUAUUCUUUUUUUAUUAGUUUUUGCAUUAGCAUAAAGAAUUAUAAAAGAAAUGCCAGCAAGAAAUUUAUAACAUUAUUUUGUUUAAAUUAGUUUUAAGGGAAAAAAUCAAUAAAACAUGUACAAUUUGCAGUCUUGCUAAAAUUUCACAUGGUAACAAAGAUGGAUGUCUCACCAAAUUUAGGUAAGCAGACACAGACUUCUCCGCAAAUUAUUAAUUGAUAAGGGAAAGUUCAUUUAAUAUGACAAGGAGAGGGGAUGAAGAUAUUGAGGGGGUAUUUUAGACACACCGAGGGGGGUAUGAUGAAAUUUGUUUUCAAGACCAACACAUGACAUCAUCAAAAGAUCGGAUGGUUUUCAACUCAACAAUUUAAUGACCUGUGCAACUCAGCUAUAUUACAUGGUUUAGAUAUAACAAAUGUAGUCUCAGUAAUUAUUACACUCUUGUUUUUAGGAAAAUUGUAUCACAACUGUAUCUCAAGUUUGUCAUAGUAUAAACCAUUGAAGGCAAUAACGGUAAAUAUAUUUAAUACAGUCUAGCGACAAAGGAAUUAGGGGGGGGGCUGAAAUUUUUUUUUUGACUACCAAGGAGGGGGCUCCCAAAAAAUUGAACUGCUAGCGAGGGGGGCUGCUAAAAUUUCAAGCUUCGAGUUUCAAUAUCUUUAUUCCCCCCCCUUGUCAUAUUAAAUGAACUUUCCCUAAGCCUGUACUGGGUAUGAUGAGGAGGUUUUUUACACAAAAAGAUGUUUUCUUCACAGUAAAUCAGUGAGUUUUAGGCUUAUCAAUUGGCUACUACUGUAUGAUUGUAACAACGUUCUGGUCACUUUUUUCGUUUGUCCGUAUGUGUUUUAUUGGCAAGUUAUUAAAAUGCAUGUUUCUAGUACAAUUAAGGGUUAAAACAUCACAUGCUUUUUGGUGAUCUUGCAGUGUUAUGUCUAUUUCUAUCUGACAUAUUUCCCAGUUGUUUCUUAAUAAAUAAAGUGAAAAAGAAACUGUUUUAUAUUUUUGUUGUUGUUAAUAGGAACAACAAAGAGAAGCAGAUGAGAGAGAAAUGCAAGAGGAGAAGGGAAGAGCCAAUUCGUUGCGACAAGCUAGGUUAAAGGUACAAGUUCUGUUUUGUGUGCCCAUUGUGUAAAGUAACGUAUAACGUAAAGCAAGUGAUUCAAACUGUAACAAUAACACUAUUUCUUUUUGGAUUUCCAUCAGUUAUGAAUACUUCUGACUUAUUAGAAAAACCCAAGUUAGAGAUCCAUACCUUAAGUUAUGGAUUAAGUUUUUCCACUCAGAUUUAUGGCCUAAAAAUAAGCAUGCAAGUCAUAAGUCUUGGCACAAAAACUUGGUUAAUCUGUAGUUUACAGUACCGAUUUUCUUCUGAGAUGGAGAGUGGAUUAAAGAUUUUAACCUCUUAAGGUGGCUGUCUAGAGUAAAAUGACUGUACACAGCCUUGACACUAGUAUGGCCCAAGCUUAUUUAUGAGGGGAUAUAAUGUUAUAUGAGUUACAAGUCACUUUUUUGAAACUACCAAUCUCCAUAAGUGUGAAUCGUAUCAUAAAAGAACAGAAACUUUCUGAAGGCAUCAAUCAUUUUGCUUUAAAAGUAGACAAACUUAAGAUAGUCAAAGUAAAAUGGUAAAGGAAAACUUUACAAUGCAACAAGGCAGUAAGUACACUACCCUUGAAGGAAGCAAGUAUGGAAAGUUUCCUACUUGCAAAAUCCUGAUGAGGGACACUUUCCAAAGACAAACCAUCAUCAUAUUGUGUGUUCUUGCUUCAAAAGUCCUUCAAUGCACAUGAUGCACUAGAAGAUGUUGUUGCUCUGCGAAAAUAUAUUUUGAGUUAUGGAUUGACCUUUGACAAGAACAACACAGUCAAGAACUACUGUCUUGUACAUGCAGCCGAGGACUUGGUGUAUAAUAUUUAGAUCACCGCCAUCUUCCAAAAGUUAAAAAAUAUUGAUAUAAACUUCACCAUCUGCAUAAAUAAAAAUCACCUUUUUGCUGAUAUUUCACCAGAUUUUAGAUUAAAUGGCCAGAUUUGGUUGUUUUAUGCUGAAAAAGUGGAUUUUGUCAGAAAACCUUGGUAAUUUGCUUAACCCCUUUCACCCCUGGAAAUUUUGCGGAAAAACGCAUUUUAAAACUACAUGUAGUGGUCACUGCCUUGCUGUAAAGAGCUAAACCAUACCACAAAGCUGUUUACAGGUCGUAUACCUCACAGCCUUCUGAUCCAGAUGCAAAAUGAUAUUAAAAGAUAAAAGCUAUUUUUUAAGUCAGCGAGUCUGCAUUUUUCCCACGUGUGAAAAAUUUGCAUACCAAAAAACAAGCAACGGAAGUAAUUUUGGUUAGCUGAUUCGGCAAAUGUCAAUCAAUCAAAAAAGUGGGCGGAAGACAUUUUGUAGAAGGUUUGUAUCAGGCUCUCUUUUUGUUUCACCUUGCCCGCCGGAAUGGUUUUUACAAAGCGUAACGAAAAUUGAGCGUGAUCUCAGGUUAGUGUCUUCCUUGAUAUUUAAGGUAUCAUAAUAAAUUUAGGGUAGAUAUGUAGGGGACAAAAUUUUUAAAUUUUAUGUUCACAAUUGUAAUGAGCCUGACUUAAUGUUAUUCAGGAAGCUGAAAGUCUCAUUAAGCAAGGACAGGCUGAGAAACCCAAAUUUGAAGAAAAGAAGGGUCCCGCUCCACCUCCAUUGAAGUCCAAACCACCACCCAGGAGACCACCCCCUCAGGUGAAACCACGUGAACCCGAACCAGAACCUGAGCCAGAACCUGAGCCGGAACCUGAACCAGAACCUGAGGCAGAACCCGAGCCAGAACCUGAGGUUGAGGUAUUAUGUUCUUAUAUGCAGUGGAAUACCAUUAAUGCAACAAUGAAAAAUGUAGUGGUAGUAAUGGGUUACCUUUAUAUUAUGAUACUAUAGCUGUAGGUCUAUCAGUGUUCUUACCAGUCCAUGGCAUUAUGGCAUUGGUGCACCUUUUCGGGGAAAUGCCGCACUAUAAUUAGCCCAAAGGGUACCAAGGGCACAAAGAAGGAAAAAGAAAGAAAAAUCUAUUACGAAACGUACGUAAACAUGUGUACAUUUCUUAUAAGCCAAAAUUUAAUUGGUUAUUAUAUAUAGCAUCUUUAGAAAUCACCCAAUCAAGUAUGAAAAAAGUAUGAGGUAUUUACUCCAACUCAGAGUGGUAUAUGUAAAAACUGGAUAUUUGUUAUUUAAUAAAGUACGAGGUAUUUACUCCAACUGAGACUUGUUAAUUUAUAACUGUAUCUAAAACUUGUUAACCCCUUUUAACUUCUCUAUGGGCAUGGGUCUUUUGGACCCCAGUGUAGCAAUUCCUGGUAAGAACACUGGUCUAUCUAAACAGUGCUAUUGUGGUAGGUACCUGAUGACAAGUACAGUUGGAUCUCCAUUAAUUGGACAGUAAUAAUCAGAGACCAGAAAUAAUAAUCUAAAGCGGCCACCUCCACCAAGCGACCACAGCCACCUUUUGGCCAUCCUGAUAUCGUUGUCACCUCUAUUAAGCUAACAUCAAGUGCUUUAUGCAUUUUAUUAUUGUGUAUUUUAAAAAUAUGAUGAAGGAAAAUACAGUCCGAGAUUGAAGGUGACCACUGAUUGUGAACCAGUUAUGCUGCUCCUGUUGCAUGUUUGUUUCAAAAUGAAGUGAUGUUUUUGCUAAAGAUUAUGCUUUUUAUGGUGAACUUUUAUUGAGUGGCCAAUCUCCAUUAAGCAGUGACACACCAGUGCCUUAAGGGUGGCCUCUUAAUCCCAGUUCAACUGUAUUAUUCACUUCUGGCUACCUUUAGCAAUGGCCGUGGCAAAAGCUCUUUGAUGAUAUUAUAAUUACUGAUAUCAUCAGCAAAUUGUAUUUUAUGCAUUCUCAGCCUGAACCAGAACCAGAGCCAGAGCCAGAGCCAGAGCUAGAAGAACCACAAGAUCUGUAUGAAAAUGUGGUGACACUAUCAGAGACGCAACCAGGCUUUGAGACCUAUGACACAGCUGAAGUGGAAAUACAAGAAGAACCAGCUCAGAAGGAACCUGAAGCUACAGGCUAUAAUGAAGAGGAGCAGCUGUAUGAUAAUGCUGAACCUGUUCAGGUAAUGUAUGACCCCCUGAUAUAGAGUCUAUAGGGCUGGUGGAGAAGAAGGAAACUCAGGCCUGUUUCAAACAUUGCACAUGCUAUUGCUGUGUCAAACCCAACUGAUCAAAUUAAAUUCAAAUUAAGCAGGAGGUUUGAAACCAAGCUGCGCUACUGCUGUCUAGCAUGGCAAAGCUUGCUGUGCUACAUUGUAGUUGCACGACUUGAUUUCAAACCUUGUACAACUGACUUGCCAAACUCAAUUCACAAAUUAAAGAUAUACAUGUACAUCACGAUACGUUUUAAAAGCUAUACUAACUGCCUUUUAUUUACAUGUUUUGUUUUCAGCGAAAGCUAUUUUAUUCAAGUAAAUUAAAUUCAAGUCUGAAACCAAGUGAUGUUAUAGUUGUGUUACAUUUGAGCGAGCUUAACACAGCAGUAGCACAAAAUUUGCAACAGGCUUUACGACCCAGGUCCUUGCAGCUCUGCUCCAUCCCUCAGAAUUCCCUGGAAUAAUAAAAUUUUCCACCCAGGCCAUACAUGUAGAAAAAUUCUUGUAAAUUCUCUUUCACUUACCCAGGGUUCUCAUUAAGUUUUAAAGUAGACGGCUAGGAUUGUAAAGGUAGGCAGCUUGGCAACCGAGUACGGUAGGCAAUUUCAGGCUUUCCCUCCUUCACUUUACCCAUUUUUCCCCUAAUGCAGAUGGCUCAGACCUCAAAGUAGUGGGUUCUUUAGUCUGUUGCAAGCAUUUAAUGAGAACCCUGCUAAUCUGAUCAUGGAAAGCCUCAGUCUGUAUAUGAAUUAUGUCCACUGUAGCCUUGGAUAACUCCUGGUCAGAUUAUUUUCAUUUCCCAUCUCUCAGUGAUAUAAAGCCUUUAGGAUGCACACCAGAAAUUUUUCAGGGAACACAGUCAUGUAAAUUCAUGGGUCCUGAUAAUUCUCUGUGCUCAGAGCUAAAGAGUGUUUUAUAAGUAAUUUUUAUAAUUUUUUUAUUAAAUCAUCCCUACUCGUGGAGCUCACCACUUGAGCCCUAGUUAAUACCAAGAUACAUAUCUUAUUUUCUCAACACUUCCCUUGUUUAAUUUCGUCUUAAAUCCUGAAAUACAAUUUUUAAAAUGUACAUUGAAAUAUUAAGAUUCCCAUAAAACAAAAUUACUAACCAAAAAUUUUAGAAAAAUAAAAACAAAACUGUUUUCAAUUCUCUCUUUUAUGCAGCCUCAACCCUCAGGUGGGGAUCAAGGACAAACUGCUAAAGCAGUAUAUGAUUACCAAGCAGGUAAAUAUGGCGACAAACUUGAAAAUACAACACCAAGUGCUCUAGAAGUUCUAGAAAAUCGAAAAAUUAGGAAAUGUUAAUUUGUGAAGUCCUUUGAUUUCCCCCCAAAUUCCCUGGAUUGUAUAUAAAUCUCCUUGAAUAAGUUAGACACAGUUAAAACAGCCUUGUUUGAGAAGAAGGAUAUUUUUUUAAAGUUAAAUCAUUCAAUCUCUAUCUGAGCAAUGGCACAGAUAAAAUUCAGUCAUAUUCUCUUCUUUUAGAAAUUGACGAGAAGAUUUCCUUUGACCCCAGAGAUCUGGGUUAUGGCAUAAACUUCCUUCACAUUUUUUAUUUCUUUUAGAAAAUGAUGAGGAGAUUUCUUUUGACCCUGGAGAUCUUAUCACUGAAGUAGAUCAAUUUGAUGAAGGAUGGUGGAAAGGCCGUGGUCCUGAUGGUAGAUAUGGCAUGUUCCCAUCUAAUUAUGUAGAGCUUGUUGGUGAAUCAGAACCAACACCAGAAGUAACAGCCUCUGAGGUAAUUAAGCUGGGUAAUGAUUUCUAAAAUAUGACCUGUUAAGCUGAAUUUUGUAAUGGAUAUAUCCAAUAGUUUGUUAAAAAACGAGCUACAGCCUGUAGGGGGUGUCUUUUUUGUUUAGAGAGUAUUGCAGGGUGUGUGAAGUAAAAACUGGAAGGGAGCUCUGAUGCUAGCCCAUGCUAGGCUUGCCCAUCGCGGUACAGUCUACAGUGUACACAGUAUAUUUAAACCUACAGUAAAAUAAAUUUUAUGUUACUGCGGGUACUCAUUUUAUAGCUAUAACAUGACUGGGUGACAAAUUGGAGCAAAGUGCCUUGUCCAAUGAAAAAAUAUGUUGGCCAGACCAAAAGGGUUAAAGGCUGACAUGUUAAAUGCUUGGUGAUGCCUCUGUCCUGAGGGUUACUCCCCAAACAUUCAUGUAGUGUACGUAUAUGAGUAUAGUUUUAUUGUUAUGUGCAACCCUUUGCUAAUAUGGUUGUGGUUUUGGGCUACAGUUCUUUUUUCUAACAAGGUACCAUAAUUUAUGAAGUGAUGUGUGUGUGGUGUAAAUGACAUUGCAAACUAAAGCUAGAAACUAGAAACACUUGAACACUGCCAUCAUUGUGUGAUGUAUCGCGUUACAUUAUAGUUUGUUGUAUUGUAUAUGUAGUAUGAUUUGACUUUAUUGUACGAGCCUGCAAUCCUGGUGGUUGCAGUUUGCCGCCAUGUUUGUGUUAGUAAGAGAUUUGGUGAUUAAAGCCUAAUUAUUCUCCAGCAAACGUCUUCCCUUGUUCACAAUAGUGUGCAUGCCAGAAAAGAGAAGCCAGCACCCGGUUUCCUUGGUUUUUUUUGUAAAUAUUACUAUACACUAACAGAAGUUUUUCCCGUAGGGAGAACCAGGUUUACAAGCAAGAGCAGUCUAUGACUAUCAAGCAAGUAUGUAAAAGUGUAUUAAAAAUGUAUUUAAAAAGAUGAUUAUUUUAUUGCACAGUUUCAGGAAACAAUGGAGCCUUAACUUUUGUGUGCUAUAAUUCUCUUGAUCUCCUUGAUUGACGGAUCAUAUCAUAUAAUAUUAAAAACAGAGCAUUAUCAUUAUCACCAUCAAUAUCAGGGUCAAGUUUUCUUUAUUUCCACACACUUGUUACAACAUUUGUAACAAAAAAACAAGAAUUAGAGACAAUGUGAAGGUCUCGAAACAUUAUCUCUGUGGCUGGGAGCUUAAAAAAGGAAAUAUGAUUUAGAAUUAAUGCACAAUAAAACGUCCUUGAUUUGAACUGACCAACUUAUGUUUGUUCACAGCUGAUGAUACAGAGAUUACUUUUGAUCCUGGUGAUAUCAUUACAAACAUUGAACAGAUUGAUGAUGGCUGGUGGAGAGGUCAAGGUCCUGAUGGUAGUUACGGUUUAUUUCCCGCAAACUACGUUGAACUAAUUGCUUAGAGAUCAUACCACUUCUUCACUGUAAUUCUAGUUAACAAAUGACAUUUCUAACAAAUAUAUUCCAAAAGGUGUUGUCUUGAAGUUACAUAUUUAUGGGCACUGUUAUGGGAAUUCUUAAAAUAAUGAGCAAGUACUUUCUGUCUUGCAUAAGCAGUACCUGAAACAACAUAGGGAUCUUUUCAAGCAAGAAAGCAGAAAAUGUUAUUGUCAGCAGCCUUAAUGAGCCAAGAUGACAAAACUUGAAAUUUGUUGUUGAAGUUGAAUCCUUGUCCUUGUUCAAAGCAAAAUAGUGACAAACAUUUUAAAUAAUUUGAUUGCAAAUUAUUAGUAAAGUACUUCCUAUCAAACAGGAGCAUUUUGUCAUGUUUUUAUCAUCACAAAUACAGUACAUCUUUACAUUUCUCAUAACAAUGCCCAUUUGAACUCUUAAUGCUAUCAUUUUUUAUAAUCUAUGAAGUUAAAUUUCGUGGUAAGUUUUGUGUACUGUCACGAUCUUUGUAAAAAAAAAAAAAACUGAAAGCCCCUUUGUUAGGAUGGUGAUACUCCAUGUUUGUUUAUCUUAAUGUAACUUAAGGGGGAAAAACAGUUACCAGUAGUUUUUUUGUCUAUUUUUUUUUUAAAUGGAAUUCAAAAUCCAUGAAUGAAAGAUUUCCAUCACAGUGGAUGUUUGUGUUCCAUUGAAUUAGAGAUUCGAAAUGAAAUUUGUUUGUUGUGAUUGCACCACAGUUUUUUUUUCAUCAUUCCAAAGUUUUAAUUGCCAUGUUUGAUCAAAAUGAAUUAAGUUUUCAUAUGGUGGGUCUUUCAUUAAAUACAUGCAAGGCUGAUAUUCAUUUAAUUAUGAUGAAUUAAAGCAUGUGCAAUUUGGCAAUCCAGAAAAUUUUCCAUAGUUUUAAGAAGAUGUGCAAACAAUGUGAUUAUGUUAUUGUGUAACUGUCUGCUUCCUUAUAAACAUAUAUCUGCAAUAGUUGGUUACGCGCCGAUCCUAGAAUAGAAACUAACAGAUUUGUAAAAUAGUUUUAAAUAAUAAGCAAAUAAAUUAAGGCCAUUAUUUUUCCUACAAGUUUAAUAAAAUAAUUUGUGACCAAUAAGAGACACCAGUGACAAUAAGAGUAACCCUAUCUUUUAAAAUAGUGAAAGCAUUAAAAUACUUUCACACUGUG